AGACAGGGUAUUUCCGGUCCUUACCGUACGUGCUCGCCCUCUAAUCAAGUGAAAAACAAAGGUGUGCCAAACCUCGCUUCAUAUGGGCCAUCAGCUCAGCCCAACCCCUGUCAUUCAGCAACCUUACUUUCACGAUACUGCCAUUUGUAUUCAAGUUACAAGUACAAAUUUGCAACUUUUGGCGUUGCCUAACUUGCCACAUGUCUGAUCUGGACGCCACAACACCACGUGUCUUUCUCGCUCGUCAUGGUACGUACAUCAUUCGGCACUUGAUCAGAGGCCCGUUCCAAUUCUCAUCAACAUAUAGGGGAGACAGAAUGGACCAAGAACGGUCGCUAUACAGGAUCAACUGAACUUGACCUGACACUCAAUGGCAUCAAACAAGCGACAAGCACAGCAGCUCAGCUUGUUGGCCCAGGAAAUUUGAUAGAUUACAAUCGUCUUAUCCAAAUAUUUGUCAGUCCCCGCAAACGAGCACAGCAGACAUUUCAACACCUUUUUGGGAUUGAAACCGCCGCUAGUCUCGACAAAGUUGAACUCACUGAAGACAUCACUGAAUGGGACUAUGGUGAGUAUGAGGGUAUGGUGGUGAAUGACAUCAGAGAGACGAGGAGAGAAAAGGAGCUAGAUAGGAAGAAAAAGUGGGAUAUUUGGAGGGAUGGCUGCGAAGGUGGAGAGUAAGUUCAUCUGAACCAGGAAAAGCCUCUUGCUGAUCUCUAUUCUCUUGUUAGGUCUGCGAAACAGGUUGAGGAGAGACUGGACAGGUUGAUCUCCAAGAUUCGCGAUAUUCAACGACCUCAUAUGAAUGGAGAAAGACCUGCAGAUAUCCUUUUGGUAUGGCGAUAUCUCGUUAUAAAUCUUGGCACCUGAGUUGACUCGCAUAAUUAAAGGUAGCACAUGGACUUAUCCUCCGUGUGUUUGUAAAGAGAUGGUUGGGUUAUGCGGUUGAUUUUCCACUGCAAAUUAUGCUUUCACCUGGUGCAAUUGGAAUCCUGGGGUAUGUGUUUGCCUUUGAGGACCAAGACCAUUGCUGACCUAACAAUACUGUAGUUACAAGAACCAUAAUAUCGAUGAGCCAGCAUUAUUUGUGGGCAUGUCACUCCCAGCUAAGUAGUGAGCCCAUUCAACUCAAGUUUCCUGAAUCAUGGGCGGUUAUUGGACCAGAAGUUAGUUCAAAAGGAAAGAAUGGAGACUCUAAGCAAGAUUGUAGAGACUUUGCGAGGUACAAGUUAAAAUAUCCCGUGAUGAGUCUUGGAAACUAGAUCGAUUUCUCCCAUAAUACUGGAU